AUGAGACUCUGGACCCUCUUCUCCCUCGCAGCUCUGGCCGCUGCAUGCGCAGACCAUGGCCCUGGCCAUGACGCAGCCCCCAAAGACCGCGACACCUUCACGGGGCGUCUCUACCCGUCCGCCGUGGCAGAGUACACGUACAUCCCAUUCGACGUCCCCGGCGGCACGACCUCGAUCCGCGUCUCAUACGCCUACACAAACGCCACCUCGAGCAAAGUGGACAUUGGCGUUUUCGACGAACGCGGGUACGAGAUCGAGGACGCGCGUAAUGCGACGACGGGCUUCCGCGGGUGGUCGUUCAACCUGUUACGCAACUUCACCUUCACGCCUGCCGAGACGACGCCGAUGUAUGUGGGUGGUCCCGUGGCGUCGGGAACGUGGCAUGUGCUUGUUGUGAAUACGCAGAUCGCGGGGUCGUACGUCGACUACAAUGUCACUGUCGAGUAUGGGUAUGAGGCCAUUGCGGGCCCGCGAUUCUCGGCGCAGUAUGCGGCGUCGGAUCUGGGGCUUGACGCGGGCAGGCGCGCGCGCUUGGAUAGCGGUGAUGGGCUGGUCUGGCUUCGGGGCGACUUCCACGUGCACACGACGUACUCGGACGGGUCGUAUACGCCGGCGCAGCAGGUCGAGCAUGCGGUGCAGCAGGGGCUGGACUUCUACAUCUCGACGGAGCAUAACAGCCGCAGCGGGAAUGAUGUGAUGGGUGCGUUUGCGCCGGACGAGCUGGGCUUGCUCGUUGGGCGGGGGAUGGAGGUCACGACGCGGUUUGGGCACUGGCAGGCUGUUGGGCUGGAGGCCGGGCAGACGGUUGAAUGGCGGUAUGGGCCAGAUGGCGGCAAUGGCACUGAUACUGGGUACGCUGAUGCAGCUGCGCAGGUGCAUCGCGCUGGCGGGUUUGUGUCCGUGAACCACCCGUACAUGCCGUGCAAGGAGUGCAUCUGGAAUCUGGACGCGGAGUUCAAGUACAAUGAUGCCAUUGAGAUAUGGAACGAUGGGGUCGAGCAGGAGAUUAAUGAAGCUGCCAUUGCGCUCUGGCAGAGCCUGCUUGUGAAGGGGCGUCGGAUUACAGGACUCGCGGGGAGCGACUCGCAUCAUCCGCCGAGCAUGGUUGGGCGGCCCUGCACCAGGGUCAAAGCAAGCUCGCUGAGCACGGCGGCAGUUGUCGAGGGCGUCAAGCGGCGACGGGUAUAUAUCGCCGAGCAGUCUGACAUGGAGAUUGACUUUACCGUCACCGUCAAUGGCACCGGGACGCUGGCGCAGACUGGCGAUGCUGUCGAGACCAACGGCAAGUCUGCAACUGCCCGACUCGCAACCAGUGGUUUCGAUGGCCACAUGGCCUGCUUCAUCACGGAGAAGGGAUACCUGCUCAACAAGACGGUCUCUGACAGCGAGCCUCUGUCGCUGGGGGUUGCGGCAGGGACCGAGUUCCUGAGGGUAGAGCUGCGAAACUCUACGGGGACGUAUACCGGUCUGACGAAUCCUAUUUUCUUCGAAUAG